ACAGACAGUGCGACAAAAACAGGCGUGUAUGAGUCAAUUCUGCCGGCCGGCGUUGGUUUCAUUUUCCUUGAUAAGUGAUACGAGUACCAUUAUUAUAUUCUUGCAUGGUGCUUUACCAUUCAAGCGUUUAUUUUGUUGUUAAAAUAUUUAUUUAGAACAAAAAUAAAAGAAUAAAAUGUAUACAGUAUUGUUAUUGCUUAUUUUAUCAUCAGUUACGUUUAACGAUAGUGAAGCGAAGUUGAAGAAGAAUUAUCCGCCGCACUGUACUCAAGUAACAAAAGAUACAGAUUAUGUUUCCCGGUUCAAAUUAGAUUAUCCCGUUGCAUACAUACAUCCUGGAGUACGAGAAACUUACCAGCCAAUGUACUGCUUACGUCCACCAUCAGUAAACAAGGCGGUGACAGUGGUCUGCGACUGGGCCGCACCUCCCCAAGUGCAGUUCACCCUGGGCGAUGACUACAUGCACGUACUGCGCCAAGAUCCCACUGGCCGUUACCAAGGCAACGCCGUGAUCACUACAUACCAACUGUGCAGUCACAACAUGUCCCAUGUACAGGCGGUUGACGAUAAACCCGCUAUUUAUCCUCUUGAUGAUAACCUAUUGUAAUUACAGUAGAAGCAGAAGAAGAUUUAAAGAUCCUGCUAAACGAUUAGGCAGCCUUUUCUAUUGUAUUUCCAAUUAUGUGUCUAUUUUACUAAUAAAUUAAUCCUGAA